UAAUAUAAAUACCGGAUGGAACCUGUCAGUUUCAUCAAGUUGCAAAUUGAACUCCAAAUGAUCAACAUGAAAGUACUCGCUGUUUUCGUCGCUGUUAUCGGUAUGGCCCUCGCCGCCUCCCUCGGAGGACCAGACGCUGCAGCUGAAGUACUCAGGAGCGAAUUGGACAACAUCGGCACUGAUGGAUUCAAAUACGCCUACGAAACCAGCAACGGAAUCGCAGCUGAAGAAGCCGGACACUUGAACAACGCCGGAAGCGAACACGAAGCUAUCGCCGUCCAGGGAUCCUUCAAAUAUGUAGGACCUGAUGGUGUCACUUACCAAAUCAGCUACAUUGCUGACGAAAACGGUUUCCAACCACAAGGUGCCCAUUUGCCAGCCUAAGAACAAUUUGUUAAUGAAUAUUUAUAAAUAAUAAAAACGUUAAAACAA